AUGGGGACCCUCGGCUGCUCCGUCAGCACCCGGGAGGUAUUCGGCAGGCUCCCAACCAGGCACCUGCAGCCCCAGCACCGGCUGCCCAUCCCCGCUCCUUGGGAGGACGAGCAGGUACCCAGCAGGCCGACUAGGCUGGAGGAGGAGAUACACAGGCGUGAGGAUGCAGAGAACAACCUGGUGCUGUUCCGGAAGGAUGUGGACGACGCCACCCUCUCACGCCUGGAGCUGGAACGCAAGAUCGAGUCGCUGAUGGACGAGAUCGAGUUCCUGAAGAAGCUGCACGAGGAGGAGCUGCGUGACCUGCAGGUGAGCGUUCAAAGCCAGCAGGUGCAGGUGGAGAUGGAGACGGUCAAGCCAGACCUGACGGCCGCGCUGCGCGACAUCCGCACCCAGUACGAGAGCAUCGCGGUGAAGAACCUGCAGGAGUCCGAGGAGUGGUACAAGUCCAAGUUUGCUGACCUGUCGGACGCGGCCAACCGGAACCACGAGGCGCUGCGCCAGGCCAAGCAGGAGAUGAACGAGUCCCGGAGGCAGAUCCAGAGCCUAACCUGCGAGGUGGAUGGGCUGAAGGGAACCAAUGAGGCUCUGCUGCGCCAGAUGCGGCAGCUGGAGGACCAGUACGGGGUGGAGGUCGGCAGCUACCAGGACACGGUGGGGCGGCUGGAGCAGGAGAUCCAGCACCUGAAGGAGGAGAUGGCGCGGCACCUGCGGGAGUACCAGGACCUGCUCAACGUUAAGAUGGCGCUGGACAUCGAGAUCGCCACUUACCGCAAGCUGCUGGAGGGCGAGGAGAACAGGAUCACAAUCCCCAUCCACUCGCUGGCCUCCCUCAGCAUGAAAACGUCGGUGCCCGAGCCGGAGCAGACCAUGGAGAGCCACACCAGGAAAAUGGUUCUGAUCAAAACCAUUGAGACCCGGAAUGGAGAGGUGGUGACUGAGUCGAGGAAGGAGCAGAGAAGCGAGCUGGACAAGUGAUCCUGGCGCCAGGCCUCUGCCCUGGACCCAGGCGAUGGCGUGAAACUGACGUGCAGAAGCCACUGCGAGACCCCCUGCUGCAGCCCCCCACCCGCUCCCAGCCACACUGGCCUUAUGACUACUGAUACCUCUGCCAGCCCUGCCGCACUGCCCAGUCCUCCCAGCCCGCCUGCCCUCGUGGGGCGCCCGGCGGGGCGAGCACAGCCAGACCCGCUCACAGCCCAGGGCAGGGGCUCACCCAGGGAAAGGAGCGAGGGGGCCCUGCCUCCUGUUCCCCCAUCCCUUUGCCCCCUCAUCACAUGCAAUUUCCUCUGUCCCUCCCCUGGUCUGUGCCCUUGGAUCUGACCUGGUUGCUUUUCCUGCCCCAGCCCUGCCUUGGGGGGGACGGGUGGGACUGACCUUCCCAGACUACAUGUACUGAGCUGGUAAAGAAGGACCCUGGCUCCCCCUCUGGCCACUGCCCGUGCUGUGCCCAUGCAAACGCCGAGACCCGUCACCAGCUCCAGUCCUGCUGCCCAGUCCUGCCAUGGUUCCCGCUUGACCCAGUUUGAUACCAAAGAGGAGUCUGCUGCUGAAGCGGAUUCCAGAGAGGAUCGGUCCUGGUUCCGCUAUCAAUCCUGAACUCCGCAGGGAUGUUACCUCCCACCAGCUGUUCCCAGGGCUACACGGUUCCUGCUGAGAGGACUAGGUCAGUGCUGUACCAGAGAUGCCUGGUUCUGAGUGUGAGACCAAUGUCUGACACGGUGUCUGUUCCCAGCCCCCAAUUCUGACACUGAUCAGUCCAGAAGCUGCAUUUUAGUACAGAAGACCCCCAUGGCUGGGACUGUUUACCACUGUUGAAUUUCUAGCCCCAGGACGCUCAGCCCAGAUUCCUGCUCCCAGGUUAAAUCCCACUACAAAUGGCUGACGUUGAAGCAGUUCCUAGUCCGGCUACGGACUCUUCCCAAUGCUGCUGAAUCUCCGUCUUGAUUCUCAUUCGUGCUGCUAGGAGCAGCUGGGAGUGAUCCCUUGCCUAAGACUCGGCCGUUUUGAACACGCGGUACUGAUGCCUGCUGUUUGCUCCUGGCACUGAUUUCUGCUUUGACCCCAAAUCCCAGCGCUGACAGGGAUAAGUGUGUCAGGUGCUGCACACCAGUGCUGAGUGAGACAAGGUGGGGGAGCUAAUGCCUGUUAUGGGACCAACUUCUGUGGGUGAAAGAGACGACAGAAGUUGGUCCAAGAAAAGAGAUUAGCUCCUCCAGCUCGUGUCUUUAGUAUCCUGGGCCCACCCUGACCACAACCCCGCAACGGGCAAUACUGACUGUCCAGUGCAGUCCCUGAGAGUGAAUCCUUCCCUAAGGAGCCCUGCUGGGGUGCGGAGUCUCAUUUUUGAUACGGAUCCCUGCCUGCCUGGUAGCAUGGGUGCCUCUCUGGGAUUUCAGACACGUUUUUAGCUCUCCUGCCCUGAUCUGGGAGAGUUUCUUCUCGCCCUUUUCAGCGCUGGCUCCAAUACUUGAACAGAUGCAUGGAACGAUGUUUCCGGCUGCCACAGGGUGCUGCUAUCCCAUCUCAGUAGCGAUUCCUGAGCCCAAUACCUGCUGCUGACACCAAGCCCUGCUGUGCUUUUCCGCUUCUGCUCCUCUGAGUGCGUCCCGAAGCCUAGUCCUGAGCCUGGCUGCGGCUAAAUCUGCAGUCCCAAAAUGCUUUCCCCCACUGCCCUCCUCACGGCUGUGCUCUGGCCGCCCACACUGUGCCUGAUUCUCAGAUCCCCUCCCUUGCCCCAGCCCUGCCUUCGUUAACCAGUGGGCUGGGGUAGGGACCCCUCACCCUGCUGCAACGGGACACGCUGGCGGCUCUGAGUAGCUGCAGGCUAGUUGCUUUGGUGCUCCCUGAACGACGACUUGCCCAGCGCUCGGCCGUGGUGUGGACCGUGCCCCGUCUUGCUUUACUGGCCACUAAAGAUCAUAGUGAGGAA